AUGGAGCAAGCAAGUCUAGCCAAGUUCAGGGUCGCAUUACUAAUCUGCCUUGUCAUUUUCUCCGAGACGAUCGAUGCAGCGACUUAUACAGUGGGAGGCUCCGAUGGUUGGACCUUUAACAUGACCACUUGGCCUCAAGGGAAGCGUUUCAGGGCCGGCGACACACUUUUGCUCAAAUACGAUCCGACGAUCCACAACGUGGUGGUGGUGAACAGACGAGGUUACGAGCGUUGCAUUACACCGGUGGAUGCAAAAGUGUAUAAAACGGGGAAAGAUGAGGUGAAGCUGCGCAAAGGAUUGAACUUGUUCAUAUGCAACGUUGCUGGCCACUGUGAAUCUGGAAUGAAGAUAGCCAUUGAAGCCGUGUAAUCACCCACCUAGUAUUUUUAUUGUGAUUGUAAUUGUUAAUCUAAGCA